GCAUCCGCAUCUGCAUUCGCAUCCGCAACCGCAACCACAACGGCAUCCGCACCCGCAUCCGCAUCUGCAUCCGCAUCUGCAUUCGCCACCCGCAUCCGCAUCUGCAUCCGCACACGCAUCUGCCUCCGCAUCCGCAUCCGCAUCCGCAUCCGCAUCCGCAACCACAUCCGCAUCUGCAUUCGCAUCCGCAACCGCAACCGCAACCACAUCCACAUCUGCAUUCGCAUCUGCAUCCUCAGCCGCAACCGCAUCCCAUCCGCAUCCGCGUCCGUACCCGCAUCCGGAUCUGCAUCCGCACCUGCAUUUGAAUCCGUAUCCGCAAUCGCAACCGCAAUCGCAUCCGCAUCUGUCUCAGCUUCCGUCCCAGUCCCAGCCAUAAAGUCUCCGUCUCCGUUUUCCUCUCUGUCCCACUCACCGCCUUUGUCUCUCACUUUCGUUCAGCCUCACACAAUGUUUGGCGGCAUCUUGAAGGGAGAAUGCUUCUUACCCGCAUUUGCUCUAGUACCCACUUAAUUUCGGCAGUUAUGUACUUUUUUGCCUUGUGAGGGCUCUCGCCAGUGGCCAAAAUGACCG